AUGGAAGCUGUGCAUGUUUUGAUGCUACUGUACUCGAUGAUUUUACUUCUUUCAAGAAAGCGACUUCGUAAAUUGAGGCUAAAAAUGAUGAGCAAWCAAAGAAAGCGAAGGAUUAUGUUCCUUCAUUUGGCCUUACUCAGUAAAAGAAAGCGAAACAGAAGUGAUAGGCGAGCAUGGUCAUGGAAUCGUUGUCAGUAUUUCUUUGAUGAGCUUUUGAGAGGCACACUACCAGACGAUAUGUGGAAAGAACACUUACGAGUAAAUAAGGCAACGUUUCAACGCAUCUGUGAUAUUGUUAGUCCUCAACUUUCCCGUCGAGACACCCUGUUACGCCGCGCCAUUCCUAUUCAAAAGCGARUAGCAAUUGCACUAACAAGACUAGCUACUGGGAACUCGUACAUCUCAUCUGGUCUYAACUAUGGGCUACCUAAGUCAACGUCUAAUACAAUAACCCGACAAUUCUGUAAAAUACUUGUCGACAAAGCUGCUGAAUUCAUAAAAUUUCCCUCAAAWGAAAGCGAAACUCGCAAGGAAAUUGAAGGUUUUGAGAGCAUUGGUUCAUUUCCUCAAGUUGUAGGUGCAAUCGACGGUACGCAUAUUGAAAUUAAACCACCAACACUUAAUAGAAAAGAUUAUUACUGCCGUAAAGGGUAUCCUAGCAUGGUUUUACAAGGUGUCGUAAACAGCGAAGAAAAAUUUAUCCAUGUAAGCACCGGUUAUCCUGGCAGUAUUCACGACUCUCGAAUGCUUCGUAUGAGCUCUCUUUAUCGUGAUAUUGAGGACGAAAAUGUUCUUUGUUAUCCUACCAAACGUAUCAACGGAGAAGAUGUGAAGCCAUUAUUGUUGGGAGACCCUGCUUAUAAGCUAACUACAUGGCUAAUGAAACCUUACCCCCAGUCAAGAAACCUCAGUAACAGUCAAAAAACAUUCAACUACGAAUUAAGUUCCUUGCGUGUAAUUGUAGAGCAAGCUUUUGGAAAAUUGAAAGGUAGAUGGCGAURUMUUGCAGACUGUUUAAAUGAAGACCUAAAACAUAUCCCUACUACUAUAAUUGCAUGUUGCGUUCUACAUAAUAUCUGUACAGAAAUGGGGGAUGAUACACCAAUAGUAAAUGUACCAAAUAAUGUUCCCGCUAUUCCUCAUACUGGUCAUGAUAUUAAUGCUGAUGGAAAAAGGUUAAGAGAACUGAUAAAAGACUAUCUAUAACAAAACGAGACUUAACAUAAUGACAAUAGUUCUGUUUAUUUAAUAUCUAAAUACUCGCAUUGAA